AUGGAUAAGUCAGUAGAUCCUGAGGUCACCUUCACUUCACCUUCAGAGGUUGAGCCUUACCCAGCCUUACCUUCUGCAGCUGAGCCAGAGGCCAUGGAUGAGACUGCAGCUUCCCCUAAGGAGAUAGAGCCUAUCCCUACAGAAUGGGAAUCUCCAGCUGAACCCCUGGAGGCCCUUCCGAUCACCCUUCCGUCUCCACCACGGCUGAAAGUGUCCGCUCAACAUCCGGAAAUGACUGUGGGUUCCAAAAGCCAACCCCAAGUAUAUUACCUGACUCCAUCUCCUACUACAGAGGGUGUCAUUUCUUCGGAGCCCCUAACCCAACCUCGAGAGCCACUUCAAGAAUCUGUAGAUGAGGAGGCAACGGUCCCCAAACCAGCUCAGGAACAGGCUCCGUAUCUAAUAUUACCCAGGGUCACCUUUCAGCCUUUGAAGCUGCAGCUGACUAUAACUCCAGGACCCAGUGUGGAGGCUGAACAUUCUACAGCCCUGAAGACCACAACAACUCUGGACUCUGAGAUUUCACAUCCAGACCAGGUCCAGACUCACCAUGCAGCCCUGCCCAAGGUCACAGUUGCACAUUGGGACCUGGGAAAUACCCCAACUCCAGAACUCAAUAUAGAGGUUGACCAGGCUCCAACCACUCAGGAGACCCCUGUGCAGCUUACAGAGCCAUCUACAGAGGUGGGAGCUCAACCUCCAGUGUUGCAAGAGGUGGCCGUUCCAACGCCAGCUCCACCUCAACCUCCAGUGACACCCAGUGUCACAGAUCAGACCUUGAACCUACCACCUACACCUACCAAUGGUCCAGAACCCACUGCAGAGGCUGAGCAUGCAACCGCCCUGAAAGAACCUACAGGAACGAGUCCAGAUGCAAUUCUGACUCAGCAUCUAAACCCGAGUCCUGCUGUGGAGGUCGAACAUUCUACAGCCCCGAGGAAUGCCAAAACACCACCUCCAGGUGUCCCUGAGGUGACACUUCCACAGGCAGAGCUGGUUCAGGCGCAGCAUCCAAACCUGACUGAAGUCACAGUUCAGGCGUUUGAUAUUCAGCUGGCUUUUCAAUCCAGAAUUGCGGAAGUUGAAUCAUCUCCAGCCCUGCAGAAGACCUCAGCUCAGCCUCCAGAGCCUCCAUUGGAGGUUGUAGCUCCAAUUCAGCAUAUAGUGCCAGUCAGUGUCACAGUUGAAGCUGUGAAGACAGAAAUUUUCAAAAUCCCAGAACCCACCACGUUGGCUGAACAGUCUACAGCCCUGGAGACUACAUCAGCAGCACCUCCAAGGCAUUCUGAGGUGCCACCUACAUAUACAGACCGGAGCCAGACUCAACAAGUCACAGGCAAUCCUCUCAAUUUAUCUACAGAGGUCAAGCCUACAACUAUUUCGGUUACUCUAACUCGGCCACCAGAGCCAACUAGUGAUAUAGUAACUGUAGCAACAUCAACCGGAGUCACGGGUCAGCCUUCAGAUUCCCGAGUCACGGGUCAGCCUUCAGAGUUGGAGCCUAUCAAAGCUCCAGUCCCUGCUCCAGAGGUUGGCCCUUCUAAAAUCCUGAAGACUACAGCUCCACCUGCAGGGCAGUUUCCAACUUUGUAUCCUGAAGUCAAGGCUGCUGAGUAUGCUACCCGGCUAACUACUUUCAUUGAGUCAAAAGAAAGCACCCCCAACAGCACGGACAUCUGCGAGCUCUGUACCUGCAAAAAUGGAAUGCUGUCAUGUACCAAUCUCAGCCCGUGGCAGAAGCUCCACCAAGUGCCUGUGCCAGGAUCCUUCAGUGCCCACAAUGACACCUUCACCAUCUUAAAUUUCCAAGGGAACGCUAUAUCCUACAUUGACAAAAAUGUAUGGAAAGCAUAUCGCUGGGCUGAGACUUUGAUUCUCAGUGAAAAUUAUUUGACUGAAUUACAUAAGGAUUCAUUUGAAGGCUUGCUAUUCCUGCAGCACUUGGAUUUAUCCUGUAAUAAACUAAAAUUUAUUGAAAGGAGUACAUUUGAAUCACUCCCCUUUUUGACAUCUAUAAAUCUUGGUUGCAAUUUACUCACAGAAGUGAGUUUUGGCACAUUUCAGGCAUGGCAUGGAAUGCAUUUUUUGCAUGUGAUAAAUCUUGAUCAGAAUCCAUUGACAACUGUCGAAGAUCCCUAUCUUUUUAAUUUGCCAGCAUUAAAAUAUCUAGACCUCGGAAGAACACUGGUGUCAAUCAGCACAGUUGAGAACAUCCUCAUGAAGUCUCUCGAACUGGAAAAACUGAUCUUACCGAACUCCAUGGCCUGCUGCCUCUGCCAAUUUAAAAAGGAUAUUGAGGCUGUCUGCAAGACAGUCAAGCUGCACUGUUGCAGUGAGUGUCUGACAAACACUCAAUCUUGUGGUGAGUCUCAAAUGCCUGAACCAACGACGGGGAAUCCCAAAGCGGAAUUCCUGAAGAUACUGCAGGCCCGGAAGAGGAACACUAGCACGAAAUUGUAAACAGAGAAUUCAGAGAAACAUAAGUUUGGCAUUCUAGACUCUACAAGUGAGCGACUAGACUUAAAUGAAAAAGAUGUUAUCAGUUCACUAAAUUACGUAUUGCCUUAUUUCUCAGGCAGCAGUGUAGAAGACAUAGAGUCAGUGUUACUACCCUUCAUUAAAUUGUUCUUUUCCAGUCCACAAGAAGAUAGAUCUGUGGAUCACUUGAAAACCAAUCCAAAAGACUUGUCUUUAAAAUCAAAUGAACGUAAAAUGAGAAAGAUCCACUUUCUGAAAAAUUUGAUAAACUACAAAAUUCAACAAAAAAUUGAUGACAUUAAAAAAACACAAAAAGCUGCCAUGCUGAUGCAGCAGGAGACAAUCAGGAGGAGAGAGAACGCGCGCCCCCUUGUGGAGGGCACCGUGCAAGGCCGGCUGGGGAGCGCAGGAGCCAGGGAGCAGGAGGAGCUUCAUGUGGCCCAGAGGCCCUGGCACCUGGUGGCCAACUCCUUCUACCCAGAGCCCCCACUCACAGAGGAGCACAAUGCCAGGGACGCCUCUUCCCUGAAGAGGUACAUCGUGGGCAGGCCAUCUGCUGCAGCCCGUGCAAAGUCUCUCUCUGAACCAGAAAAAAUAGCAAAAAUUAGGACAAAAAAGACAGAGGCAGCAGAACCAAGUUUAUAUGAUGGAGUGAAUUACCGCUUAAUUGAUCCUCAUGCUGUCUUCAGAACAUCUAAGACCAAAGUGGGAGCAGAACCAGAGUCCAGAGGGAAUUACCACCUGAAUAAUAUUGAUCUCUCUCCAGUGUUCAAAACCAAACGGAGACUGAAGAUGAAAAGGAAAAAUCCCAUCAACACAUGGAGCUCUGUAAAGAGGCCUGCGUUCCUUGCCCUACAAAGUCUCAUUGAUUCCCCUCCCCGAGAGCCUUCUCCCUCUUCUGGAGACUCGAGUUCUCAGGAUUUUCCUUCUCCGAAAGCGAUGGCUCUUCCAGUACCACAUGCAGAAGAUAUUCUUGAAGCCAGCCUUGCUGCAGCAAAUAACUUAGGAAACACUGUGCCAGAAGAAUCUCCCCCUGCCAGCACAGCCCAGGGGCAUCCAUUGGCCACUGGUUCCCCUGAGAUUGCCCCCACUGAGAAAAUGCAAUGGGGGAACCCUAACAUGGGCAGGGACAUCCCCUCCAUGCCUACAGGCAGUACUUACCCCUUGCAGUCAUCCCCAGGGCACCAACUGAACCAGCAGCUUCGGUCCCUCAUCCCCAAUAAUGACGUGAGAAACUUUAUUUUAAUAGUUAUCAGGACUCUGCAGAUGGACUGUGCGGACCCCCAGGUGCAGCUGUCCUGUGCCAAGCUCAUCUCCAAAACGGGCUUCCUCAUGAAGCUCCUCAGUGAGCAGCAGCAAGUGAAGGCCAAGGCAGAAUGGGACACAGCCCGCUGGAAAGAAGAGGACUACAUCAGCGAGAGCCCAGGAGGCCAGACUGAUGCAGGAAUGAUCGAGCCAAGUGAGCUCAAAGAAGUCCCAAGAUACAAAAUACUCAUCAUGGCAAUAUCUGUCACUGUAGCUGUGAUGAUCUUAAUAACGGGAGCCUGUCUCGUUGGGAUUUACUCUCACAGGGCAAGAGCCGACGCCGAGGAGGAGGACAUAGGAAAAGGUCUAAGCAUGAGCGAAGGCCCGGGCGAGAUGGCGGCCGCUGAGUCGACUGCCGAAGGAGAAAGCGAAGCCCCUGAGGAGGUGCUCACCGAGUAAGCCCUUUUGCUGGGGCUGCCUCCAUUUAUAAAAGCACUUCCCUU